AUGAACUUUCCAAAUCCUUGGUCAACUAGAGAGGAAGGCCCCAAGAGGUCUCAUGUACACCGGCGAGGACUCGUAGAGCUGGCAAGCACCAUGGAGUGCGUAGGGAUCCAAAACCCCUUGGCUUACCUGGACUACGGCUGCUACUGUGGCAAGGGAGGCUUUGGAGAGCCCAAGGAUGAGACUGACUGGUGCUGCCGACUCCAUGACUGCUGCUACAAAAAUGCCUCCUCGGCAUGUACCAUUCCGAACCUGACCCCCUAUUCUUGGGAGUGUGUGGACCAGACCGUGCAAUGCACCCCCACAGAGGACAAAUGCCAAGAAAUGCUGUGCAAAUGUGACCAGGAGUUUGGUCAAUGCUUAGUCCAAGCCUCAUACAGCACCAAGUACUACUUCUACUCCCAGCUCUUCUGCUUGCAAGAAUCGCCACCUUGUGUCUGA